GCUCUUUGUAGUAAAAAAGAACGAAUGGUUUCCUUACACCAUGGAAAAUGGUGAUCUUCAAAGGGUUUACAGACAAUUUAUUGAAAAUUUUUGCAAUGAAAUAGAUAAUGGAGCACAGGAAGAUAAUGAUUUACCAUUUAGACCUUAUUCAUCAUAUCUGAUGCCUUCCGAACUUGAAGGAGAAUGUUUAGAAUGGAUUCGGCGGUACUUGUCGCAGCAGUAAGUUAUUUUUUCAAACGAAAAAUAAUUGAGAUUCAAUUAUAUUAUUAUUUUUAGGCUUGUUUUGGGCCUAGGCCCAUAUCAUUAUAAUAAAAAUGAACCAACUAGCCCCUUAAUUAAUUAAGGUAUUUUGAUAAAAAAUUAAAAUUGUUUGUAAACCAAUGGCAAUGGGAUAGUUGAAUGGAGUUAUUUUUUUUUUGCAGAAUUAUAUUAAACAUUUUGUUAGAUACUUUGGUCAAAAAAUUAAACAUUUUGUAAAAAUAAACCAAUGUCAUAGUUGAAUAGAGCUAAAUUUUUACAGAAUUAUAACACCAAAAUCAUAUUUUUAGCUGUUGUAGUUUUAAAGUUAUGAAUUUUUAAAGUACGACUUGGUUUGUCCUUUUUUUAACACUCUCCACAUUCUGUGACCUCAUUCUGCUGUUCAUGUCAUUCGCGAUGACUAUAUAGUUUAUAUAAGGCAACGCACCCCCGUAUCACUAAAGUACUGUUUAGGGUCGACUUAUUUUAAACUUUCAACUUUGACACAUGAAUAAUUAAUUAUAGCUUUCCCUGACCAAUGGUUUAAUAGUUUUUGCACACGGCAAACUCUUAUGAAUGAAACUCUGAGAUAGUACUAUGAUAUAGCCGUUAUGCAAGUGGCUGUGAAUGGUUGCCAAUGACAACGUGUUGCACACGGAAAAUUCUGAUCAUUUAUGAUAUUGACUCUUACUGGGUUUUUAAAGCUCAAAAUAAAACAUUCCAGUUUAAAUGUCUUCAAAAUGCAUUCUGAAACACAAGUUAUCAAAUAUUUUGAUGUAUAUAGUGGUAAUAAUUAAAUAUUUCCUAAGUAUCUGCAACUUCCGUCAUUAAAAGGGAACGUGGCCCACGCCAUGUCGAAAUUAGGCUGAGCGACCUUAUGGUGAUAUGGGUCACUUGGACAAGCGUAACAAACGCCGGACACGACCUACAUCAAUGAGAAUUGGCACUCAUAUACUUCAAUAUCUAAUGCUCUACACGAUUUAAUAUGAAUGACAUGUUCCUUUAAUUUCACAAAAAAUUUUGUAUGCAAAGAUGCCUUAUAUAUACCAAAGAUUUUCAAAAUAAAGGUCAAUUGAAAAAAGCAAAAUAGCUGGAUGGAAAUGUAGGCCAAGAUGUCUUCCAAAUUAUAAGGCCGGAAAUGGCACUCAAAUAUAUGUCGAAAGUACUCAUUCAAUAAUAACUAAACACACACAUUGGAAAAUUAAAAACUCUGAUUUUUCAGCGCCGAUUCCCAUUUCUGAUACACAAAAAGUAGUAGUCUCCCUUGUUUCAUCGAAGUACCUAAUUCCAAAAUCUAGAUUUUUAGCUGUUUAGUUUUUUUUUUUUUUUUAAUGAAUUUUUAAAGAACAACUUCGUUUGUACUUUUUUAUACAAAAAGUAGUAGUCUCCCUUGUUUCAUCGAAGUACCUAAUUCCAAAAUCUAGAUUUUUAGCUGUUUAGUUUUUUUUUUUUUUUAAUGAAUUUUUAAAGAACAACUUCGUUUGUACUUUUUUAACAUGGACCGCAUCUCCAAAUUCUGUAACCCAAUUCCGCUGUUUGCGCCACAAGCUAUAUAACUCUUGUUUUAAUGAUAAUUUUAUAAGACUUUUAUUUUGAGAACUAAUGCUGUAUUAAAAAAUAAUUUUAAUGAUGUUAUACAAUUAUAGAUAAAUUGUAGCUUAUCUAACUAUGCGCUAUGUGUAUCAUUAAAUUAAAUACAAUGUAUUAAUAUAUAGUUUUUCUGUUACCAAAUCUACAGCGUCCAUUAUACCGAUAUAUGCUAUAUAGUCUUUGUAAGGAAAUGCACCCCCUUAUUACUAAAAUAAUGCUCGGGAACUACAUAUUUUGAAAUUUCAUUUUGGCACAUGACUAAUUAAUUAAAUAUUUCCCUGACCAAUAGUUUUUGCACACUGAAUAAAAAACUCUGAGAUAGUACUGUAUAGCCAUUAUGCCAUGCAAGUGACUGAAUGGCUGGCCAUGGCCAUGAAAUUUUGCACACAGCAAAUUAUGAUCAGUUAUAAUAUGGACUCUACUGGGUUUUUUAACCUCAAAUUAAAAUAUUAUUCUUUCAAUAACAUUUAAAUUCAUUCUAAAUCAUAAGUUAUCAAAUAUUUUAAUGUAAAUAGUGGUAAUAAUUAAAUAUUUCAUAAGAAUUGGUAUCUUCCGCCAUUAAAAAUUAGGCUGAGCGACCUUAUGGUAAUGCAGGUUACCGGACAAGUGUAGCGUUGUUGAACAUGACCUACAUCAAUGAAAAUUGGCACACGUAUACAUCAAUAUAUAAUUCUUUUUGCACUUAAAUAUGAAAGACCUUUUCUUUGAAUUUCUUUAAAAAAAUUUUGAGGGAAAGAUGCCUUAUAAAUACCUAUGAAUUCCGACAAAUUUCCUGACCAAAAAAUUGUUUGAAAUAUGCUGUGCCAGCCAUGGUAUUGUUUAUUUAUAUGAUUACAAGCAAUAAUUAAUCUGCAAACAAAAUUUGACGUGAACAAUUACGACAAUAAUUGUCGAUGGCUAUUAGGCUGGUAGCCGGACACUGUUUAACGAAAAGUAUAAUAUUUUUAGUUUGGGACUGCCGUUCUGAGGAGUGCCAUAAUAAUACUAGAGCCUAGCACUAAGCUUAGGCUAACUAAUACUUGCUAAUAUUAUUUAAGCUAGUUUUAUGUAAAUAUCCGCAAUCCAUGCCAUGGCACAUGGUGUGUAGGAUUUUCUCCCUCUUGUUUAUUCUUGUACUAGUACUUGUGUUGAUACUAGAGUUAACUUUUCUUUAAUAGAAAAUUGGAAUGUUUUAAAUUAAAAUUUCAUUGGUUGGUUGAUUACAAUAUUUAAAUUUUAUGGAAUUUAGGAAAAUUACAAGCUGAUGGCAGUGACAGGACAACCACAGGUCAUCUCAACCUGUCGGUGCAUAUUUGAGAGAUACAAAAAAAAACAACCUACCUUUGCCAUCUUAUAUUAUUUUUAGGGAACAAGAUUGCUCGCAACAUAAAUCAUGUAAAUUCAAGUUUUAUAAAUGUCAGGAAGCACAGCUAGAAAAUCCAAAGAUCUGGGUUUUAACCCAACUGUGAACUAGGUGUAAACUUGGGCUUUUUUUUCUCCUUUUCAACCCUUGAGCCUAUGCAGCCUGUUAAGUUAAAUAUUUCGGCAUGCUGGAUUACAGAUAAAUAAACUUCUUCCUGUUUCAUUUGAUUUACACAAAAAUAACAAUUUUUAAAAGUUAAGGGAGAGAAAAGAUAAAAAUCACAUUAGUUAGAUUAAAUUUUUAAAAAGAAUUUUGUGUUUUAUUAAGUGUUAAAAGAAUAGAUAACAAAAAAUUGUGUACAUCAUUUAGUGGUUGUUUAUUUUAAUAUUAUGGGUUUGACAUGCCGCCCUUGAAAAGUCAAGGCUCGCCAUCACAGUGACCUGUGACGCCUUUGUGUCGGCCACCCCUAAGUACUGAUGUUUUUCUUAUAAAUCUUCAGCAACUGUCCGGAAGGGCUCAUAUCCCAGCUGACAAGGGCAGUCUUCACAAACUUUGAUGACAGUAUAAAAUUGUCAGAAUAUUAUGUAGAAGUACUUGAUAGAGGCAGCAAUAACAAAUCUAAUAAGGAUGAUAAUAUUGAUGAUGACAGCAGUCACAGUUCAAGUGUUGAUGGUGAUCAAAUAGAGCAGGCUGGUCCACCUAGUGAGUACAAUAUAUGUCUUGUUUAGCUUGAUUGCUUGAAAGCUGGGUCGUAUUUUGGUGUUAUUUUAAAGCACAUUUAAGAGCUUUGUCUUUCCCACAUAAGUGAUAAGAAUAUUGUUGUUAAGGAAGUGAGUUGUUUGUUCUUUGUGUGUUUCUUUAUUUAUAAUGAUUGCUGUUUUGGCAUUUUAAAAAGAGCGUUUUAAUUGCUCUAUUUUAAAAUUGUUAUCUUAAGCAGAAUGCUUAUACCUAUGUUGGAAAUGAAUAUGUAGAAGUAAUGAAAACACAUUCCCAUUAAUUCGGAUCAAUAAAAGAAUCUUAUGUUAGAAAAAAUAACUGUUAAAAGAAACAAAAAAAACUUUAAUUUGAGAGUAGCUGAAAUUAGCUAUAAGUGCCGACCUGUCAGGUUUACCCAUACUUUGUACAGUUUUUAUAUGUUUGCCGACUUGUUUGGCCAUACAGCCUCUUGUACAGUUUUUCAAUGGGUUUAGAAAAGAGAUAGUUUUACACAAGGCACUCAUUCAAAACUGGUGCAAAAAAUUCAACAUUGGAGAACAAGAAGCUUAAAUCCCAUUAGCCAGUUCAAAAAGACCAAGUUGUGGAUCAGUUGGCCAUCUAAAUCUAGAAACAGUGUGAUUUCAUUGAUACCAUUCAUUAAUACUAAGACUGCUUAAUACUGUAGUAACUACUUUGAAUAGUAAACCAUGAUUAUAAAUCAGCGUAUGUCAUUCUUUACAAGAACUGCAGUGUUAGCAAGUGUUUUUUAAAAUAUAUAUUUAAUAAUCAAUCAAUGACUACGGUGCAGUGAAAAAUAAGGCUAUAAGUUUCACUAUGUCAAAAUGGAAGAACUUUAUUAUUUACUUGUUAAUUUAAAUACAGGUAUCUGUAUUACUACAGUUACAGCUAUCAUAAUUAACCUAUGAAGUAUGUCUGGUUACAUCUAAAUUGCUAUCAAAUUUGUCAACUGUUCAUUUUCUUAAAAUUGCUAUUGAUCAGUGUAAAAAAAAUCAAAAUUUGCCAAAAAUCUGACUUAUAACAAACAAUUUUCAUUUAAAAGAUAUGAUGUAGCCAUUUAUGAAUGUGGUAAACAAGCUUAAAUUUGCCUACAUCAAAUGGGAGACUAUUCAUUUUUUAUUCAUGCAUUCAAAACAUUGGUAAAAAAUGAUGAAAAAGUUAGUAAUUUAAAUUUUUUUUACUUUUCAUUUUUUUUUCUCUACAUUUUAUUUGUUCAUGCAGUUGUAGAGUUGUUGUUUUUUUUCCCACAAGUGGACAUGUAUAAAUUAGCUCGAUAGGAAGUACAUGAAAUGCUCCACGGGUAAACAAUGGGAUUAUUCUAAGCCAUCCUAAAUCCUUAACACAGAAUUGUAAAAUUAUCACAUGAUUAGUUAAGCUAGAAAACCAGCACAUAUUUUAAAUGUACUCUUAACAGUAAUGUAUACAUUACACAGUGGUCAGAUUUUUUAAUUGGCUCGAGGGACUUAAUUAAUGACUAAUCUCUUUUUCUUUUUUUUUUAAAUCAGAUGUCUGGCAUGGGGCUCUUUGUUGUUUCUUAUAGGUGCUUAUUCUUUUUUCCACAGAACUGGAUGCUUUUAAACUCUUGUUGCAUGUUGUGUCUCAUGUCCACACAACAGUUCAGUCCUGGAGGAGUGCUCCCCCUGCAUUUACUUGUAAUCCCACUACUCUACGCGUCUGCUCCCAUGCUAUUAAAAACACACGGCGGAAAAUGGAG